AUGUCGUUCCCGGAACACCCGCAGCCCGGUUCGCUCGCAGCUUUCCCCACCAGCUUCGAAAGCUCGGCCCAUGCUCGCCCGCCUGGUUUGAGUGCUGCCGAGUCCUCAUCCCAAGACGAAUUCAGGGUGUUCCGUCCUGGAUGUGGUGCAUGGAGGACGGAUUACCGCCUCAUCCACCAUGUUCCUGAUCGGUCCGGGGUGUCCCAAUCCGACGGUCCAGGGGGGAAGCCACCGGCGAUCAUGUCACCUCCCAUGGUAGGGAACUGCGGCCACAUUGACCACCAUUGGGCGAGAUACGGCGAAAGUCUGCGAUUCUCAACAAUACUUCUGCAGUUCGACAAGGACAUGGACCGAGUCAAUUGCACUAGCUUGAUGAGCUUUGUCAAGAACGGCUUCAUCCUGCCAAGCUCACCCCGGGAGCUUAACAGAUGUCACCCGGCGUUGUUGUCAGCAAAGGCAGUCGUGCUCUCAAAGCUUGGCGACGCCGUCCUACCCCCGCUGGCGCCCAAUCAGGAUCGUCACCCUUCCACCGUUUCAUCUCUUGGCGACGCUUCGAUUUCGAUCCCCGGGACGCAGGACCUGGCCGGAUCGUAG